AUGGCUAAAUAAGGUUGGGGUUUUUCAGGAAACAAUGUCAAAUUAAAUAUAAAUAAGUAAGAUAUAAUUUAACCAUUUAGUCGUGUAGAAAAGAAAUUGAAUAUUUGGGAAACAGCAGGAAAAGCAGAUGAUAUAUAAUAUAUUCCUGAUGCAGAGGAAGAAAAGAAACCUUAAAAUCAGAUAUCAGAUGCAGGAGUUGUUUUAGGAUAAAAAUUAUAGAAUAUUAAUGAAUUACAAAAUUUGGCUAAAAUAUCAUCUUUGCCUUAACCAGUACUUAUUUAAGAAUUUAUAUAUAGGCUGAUGACAUUGAUUUUAGUAUUUUAACAUAAGUAUUGAGACCAGCUGAAGAAGUAUAAGAGAUAGAUGAACAAUGGGAAUUUUCAAAAUUAAAAACAGAAAUGCAAGAAAUAGUCAAUAAACUUUAUAGCAAUAAAACAAAUCCUUGA